GUUGUAAAUGAGAACUUGUUCUCAACUGGCCUACCUGGUUAAAUAAAGGUGAAAUUAAAUUAAAAAAUUAAAUAUGCCCAUAUAGUCAGUUGAGGGAGACGUUACAGAUGGUGRGAAAGUAUCUUUGGAUGUGAUGCAGAGACGAUUAAGUGAAUUAAUAAAGUUUUUGGUGACACUGCUUUGAAUUCAGCAUAUUUUGCAUAAUGAUUUGCAUUAUAUCACAAACAAAGUACUAGGGUUGUGAAUUGUUUGAUGUUAGCUUCAGCUGUAAGCUAGCAACAAAAGUUAACCUACAAUUACARCUGGUAACUACCGGUAUCUUCUUGCAUUGUAGUAGGUUUCUAGCCUGUAUGGACAUUGUUUUGCGAACAGUUUCUACAUGCCGUGUUGCAUUAUUCAAGUGUGGUAACUUCUGUGCAGCAUGAGUGGGGAGCUAGCAAUGAGUAAAUGGAGCAGGUAAGAGGCAUGAACGGUGCGCUCACUGCAGAAGGGGACAUSGGCUGCGCUGAUAGACUUCAUCUUCUCAAUCAUUAUACGACGUGAGACACAUUUGACAGAAGUACAGAAAGCAACAAAUUCUAGUACCGAACCGUUUUUCAUGUUCUAGUAUCGAAGUUUCAGUAUACCGUGCAACACUACACUACAGAGGUACAACCAAAGAGGGUGACCAACCAAUGAGCAUUCUCAUUGGUUGAGCUUUCUGUUCGAAUUGGAUAAGCUGUUCAAUAUGUCAUUCAAUAACAGUCAAUCCCUCCUAUCAAUAUCUAGUGGCAGGUGAAUUGACACUGCACUGUUUGCUUAUCAUCAAAUGAAAGUAAUGCAAUAGUUUUUGGUCCAGACCAGCAGACUCCUCUGUUUAUGUUCCUUUCAGGAUGUCCAAAAUUGAGCGUCUGAAUGCCCGUGUGGCGAAGCUGCUGACGGUGGCAGUGCAUGAGGUUCUGGAGGUGGUGAAAGAGACUGUGUCAGAGUACCAGGAGAAAACAGCCAGAACUCAGAGAGAGAAUGAGAGUCUGAGGAGAAGACUGCAGGAAAUGCAGGACAAGAUGAAGAGAGAGAACACAGCUGCUAAACUUGCAACAUUUCCUGCAACUGGUGGCCAUGGAAGAGCGGCCAUCGAGAAACCGUCAGAGCAGGGUUGGAGCCCUAGUCUGAGGCAGGACAGCCCAGAGCCCACACAGGUAGAUGAGAAACCAGCGCUCACCUUCGAGCAGACUGUGAGACUAAGGCAGGAGGAGGAGGAGUACAAUGCACUGGAGCUGGAUCAGUCAGCACACUAUGAGACAGAGUGUAACUUUACCUUAACCUUACCCGGGCAUCACGAGGGGGUGGCACAGCAAUCAGAUGAAGCCGUUUUGGUCCACGUGCCUCAGGGUGUGAAAAAUGACUCGCACUCAGACUUGAAUAGCACUUCACAGGGAAACACCCAGCUUGGCAUCAAUCUGACUGUUAUCAAGACGGAACCCGAGCUCACCGAGUGCUCAGCACCCGAACCGUUGACUAUCCCGGAGACCUUUGAUUGUGUCGAUUUAAGCUGCAAUUCCACACGCUACGACCCAACAACGAAUGCUCACAAGUCUCAUGUGAGCACUGGACCAUAUAAUGAACUCGUAUUCGUCCACUCCAGUCACAACAGCGUCGGGAGGAGGUUUGGGUUUGGGAAAAACAGCAGGGACGGGAGGAAACACCAUAGGCAACACUUCAGGAGGGAUGAGCCGCACAGCUGCUUUGUGUGCGGCAAGACGUUCAGCCGGGUGGGGAACCUGCGUAUCCACCAGCGCUGUCACACGGGCGAGAAACCCUACUGCUGCCUUCAGUGCGGUCGGUGUUUCAGUCAGGCCGGGGACCUCAAAAAGCACAAAAGGGUCCACACAGGGGAGAAGCCAUACUAUUGCGGCCAGUGCGGCAAGAGCUUCAGCCGUGGGGAGAACCUAAAGAGGCAUCAGAAGAUCCACAUCGGAGAGACCUUACACCUGCAGCAAGCAUGGAGAGAUCAACAGUCGAACUAGGCGUUCAAAGCAAUCUUUUGAGAAAAAACUAUAUAAAAUGCACAUACAGUGCAUAUGAAUGGCUAUAUGAAUGCACGUGCAAUGCGUGGUACUGAAAUUAACAUAAGAUCUGCAGUGCUGAAAAAGUAAAGUGAUUGGGUCAUACUCGUGGGUGGAUUGGCUGGUUUAUUCAGGUUAUCGAUUUAGUCAAUGGGUAACAUGUAUUUUGACCAUUAGUGGAUGGCAUACCUUUGAUCCACUGGAGUGUUCAUUAUUCAAUAGGCAAACCUCUUAUCACUGGCUUUUGAAUAAGAGAGUAUGGUGUGAGCAACAAAAUAAUGUUUUGUACACUGAAACAUUUAUCUCCUCUGUACACAUACAGGAAAGGCUUGGAUGUUGUGUGACAAAUAUCUAGCAUUACAACAUUGUGUUCACGAUGAUUAAAGAGAGAAGUGAGCAAACUGA